GUAUCAUUUCCACUGGUGCGAGUGCGGGUUUCGCUUCGUCUCUUGGUUUCGUCUUCCCUACCGCUCGCGUUGGCCUUUCCUGUCGCGUCUUUGCUCAGUGGUUGUUCCAUUGAAGUAAAUACCUAGACGAAAUUUACUGGAUCCGCGGUGGUUGACAGUGUAGUCGGGGAGGCAUCGGCUUUUGCCGAUCUCCUCGCGAAAAGGACUGAAUUAAUCGUCCGAUCAUUCACUAACUGUAUAACGCAGAGUGUUUACUGUUUGGUGAAUGUAGAGUGAUUCGCGGUGUGUCUCGUGUAUCGUAGUUCGCCCCUGUGAGUGAAUGUCCUGAAAUCGAAGCAGCAACAAGAGAGAUGAGACGAGAGACAGAAGCAGAAGCUGAAGCUGCCAGCCGCGAAUUGGGUUACGUCCCGUUCGCCUGGCAACGAUAUAUGACGCAACGGCCACCCUUCGUUAGUAUCCGCGAUCCUCGUGAUCUCUACGUGCCGCUUUAACUGCAACAGGACUUUGAGUUUCACUGGCAAGACACGCGAAAAGGAAACGCCAACUGCCUUCCAUGCGAUCAGUUAUCCCCGCCCCGUUCACUCGAUUGCGCAGCUAGUUUUGGAGGUUAGCCGAUCACGAUUAAGAAACUUGAACGAAAGCGACACCCACAGAGCCAGCCGGAUCAGCUGUUUGCCCAGGACGACCUCUCCGACUACCCUCGGUAGCCCAAAUGCCAGUCCAGCACGCCAGCCUUUUAAAAGUCACCGACUCGAAGGCUCCUUGGUCACAGCGUGAACGGAGAAAGGACAAUGUUGUCGUACAUGCUGCCGACCGAAGACAAACCACCACCGGGAGACUCGAAUCAGGCCAAUUACCGUGCUAGUAAGUUGCAGAAGAGUCUGAGAGAACGGCCCCCUAUCGCUUCGAAGCCGACAGGCAAAGUAAUCACCGUUUCUCCGAAAAAGUACGUUGACACGGGAAAAACAAUGAUCGUUUCGACGAAGAUCGAGGAGCACGCUGGUGACCAGCAGCAGCAUCACCGGCAGGACGAGCAGCAGCAACACGGAGUGUCGGCCGAAAGCCCCAAACACAAUGGCACUGUGGUGAAAAAAUCGACUUUGCACACGUCCAAGGUCACCAAGGAUGACAGCCUGUACAGCAUAAACAGCGAGGCCAGUACGGUCGGAAGCGAUCGGAAGAACAAAAUUUUCAACGGAGCCAAGCACACUAGUCUAAAGAGAGUUUCCUUUGGUUCGAGUAAAGGAUCAAUGGUAGAAACUUUGGUAUACGAGACUCCUGUUCAAGAAGAGCCGGAGAUCAAUCGGUUUAUGGACCACAACGGCCGCAUACCCUCUAUGAUCGCAUCUGUACCUGAUACCGACGAAGGUAGGGAAAUGGUACGCGUGUCGUUGUUAGGUCCACAACCUUCACCGACAACGCCCGGCGUAUUUCAGGUGCAGCCUAUCGCGAUAUCGAGGACUCAACCGAUCGACAUGGACACCGUUCCGGCCGAACUGCUGACUACGCACACCGAACACACAGCUCCCGCCUAUCACACGCAAAUCAGUACGGACAGUGGUUGGGAUAAUCCGUUCAGACCAGACGGCGAUCUUUCGAGGGAAGCAGACGAGAUAGUUGAAUUGAUAAAAGGUGGAAAACCCAUCACACCGACCCCUGGACAAACCGCUCCUCCGUUGCCAGGGUGCGACGCUGUUACCAGCAAUGCGCAGACCACCGUCGACCACGACUCCAGUUCCAGUCCCCUGUUGAAAUCCUCAGCGAACUCGACGAAUCGACACGCCAACUCGUCGCCGAAGCCUGGCCAGGAAAAUGGAAACGCCCAUGGUACACCGAUGAAAGCUGCAACCGCCAACAACCAGCAAUCUGUCAACGAUAAGGUUGUCGCAUCGAGAGCAGCUACCGUCGAAGUGGCCAGAAUGACGGCACAGGGACCAGGCGACGCUUCGCAGGUCGAACACGUCACCUUAAAGAAGAAGCCUAAAUGUAAAUGUUGUCUUCUGCAGUAAUGGAAAGGAUACAAGCUACCGCAUGGAUGUCUCAGCAGUCGGAUGAUUCAACGUCGUUGAAGGUGCAUCGGGACUUGGUCGCCGAUAACUUUGCGGUUCACGUUUUUCGAAAUGGUCGCUGUACGAGUGCCGUGGAAAACAUUGUAAUUUCUUCUGUUGCAUCCUACCGUAGAAACGAGUUUCACGGAGAUACGGAGGAACUGAGAUACGCAGGGCAAAUGUGCGAUCGCGUGAACGCGUCGUAUUCCUAUUUCCGAAACGAGAUCGACGAUUUUUCUACGACGAGGAUAAGAAUCGGUCGUGUCAAUCGUCGAGAUCAAUCUACUCGUAGGAUCGAAGAUUCGUACAGAGAACGCGAGCGAUGGUUGUCGAUACGAAUGAGAAAAGAAUCCCGAUACCGGUUGAAACAACGAUGAUACCGAGCGAAUUGACAUGACGCGACACUGAGGAAGAUACCUGAACGAGCGUAGAAAAGCACCGAGCCUCUUGAUAGCCUUUCAGAAAGACAGUGGAGUGUCUAUAAAGUAACAGACUAUAUAAAAGAAGAGAAUAAAUAAAAAAAAAUUAUAUAUAUAUAUAUAUACAUACACAUAAAACUAUAUUGUAGAUACAGAAAUGGUAGUUGUAUAGCUUAUAUGCUUUUAUUAUUGUGGUUAAUUACUGUCAAAAUUAUCGUGAUUUCGGGAAUAUUUUCGCGCGUUGCCGCGUGAAAAUGGCGAGACGCGAGCGUGAAAGAAAAAGUCGCAGUUGCACAGAAUGUUUCAAAGUUACUGAGUUUAAAGAACGCCAUUACUUCGUUGGACAUCGAUAUAAUAUCACAGAUUAUUCAUAGACUCUCGUUUUUACUAAAACUCAGAAUCUCUAUAGGCAAAACUUUUACGAAAUUUUUUAACAUCGCGUAGAAUGUGCGCUAUCGAAAACUGUACGUACGAUGAUCGUUGAAAGAGACGACGCAACUCGAUGAAAAGAGAAACGUCAAGCCGGCCGUAUUUCUUUUCUCGCGAUUAAGCAUGAGAACGCGUAGUAUUUUCUCUUAUUGCGAAGAAGAUAUCGUCUAUCGAACCGCUUUACUUUCACACACCAAUCUUUUCUUCUCUAUUCUGUUGCCAUUCUUUUCUACACCUCGCAUCAAAGAAACGCAAACCUAUCGAAAGAGAAAGCUGUAAUUAAGCGAGCUGGCGCUCGCCAGUCUAAACGCGUGAGUAACUAUUCAGGAUCGUCAAACAUGAAAUGUGUAAAUAUCGCGAUAUUUUUUGAAACAAAGUGUGAUUGUCGGCGAUCCGAAGAGUGCGAGAACGCGUUACGUUCCAUUCGAGUUGGUGCGGACGAACGGAUUCGACGACGACGUGGCUUGCUCUCCGCGCUCCAACUCUAGUUUCUCGAUUGCUGCAGCGGCACAAAUUAAUUAAGCGUCGAGAACGCUACGGUAACUCGUAGACGAUAGGGCGCACGAAUGAACGAUUUCUUUCUCGGGACUUGUUCGAUUCGAUGAUCGUGUUACAAAUUAUUUAUUUCAUUUUAUGCGUUUUACUUUUACUUCGAUGUGUCCUUUCACCGCUACGUUCCAUUCAUUUUAUUUAACCAUGUAUACGUGUAUGACGUGUAUCUUACAAGGCGAAUCUUUCCGAAAGUAUAGAGAUUUAAAAAGACACUCGUUUAAAAUGAGUAAAAGGCACGUUUAUGAAACGUAUAUGCUAAAAAUGUUCGUUGGAAGGAAAACCGUUGAUCGGUUUUAUGCGUAUUAAUAAUAAUGUAACAGGGAGAAAACGCCAGAUCGUAGAAAACUGCUCGGUUCUUCAACCAUUGCGUAUACAGAUACAGAAAGAACGCAAGGAUCCGCCCUGUGUCGAGCGGUGCUUGUUUCGCGUUAAUGGUUUUACGUGUGUGCGUGGCUGUGUGUCUGCACGAGUGCCUGUAUUUUUUAAUACACAUAUCCGCAUAUUUUUUCUAGAUCGUCCGAGCAAAAGAUAUUUAUGAAAAAUAUGCGAUCCUAUGGUGAAGGAUGAUGAAAUAGGGAGCGAAAGAAAGAACGAGACCGACACCAGCGGAAUAAGAUUUCCUUUAUUUUCGUUCAUUGUACGCCGUUGCAUUGUAUGUAUGGCAAAGCGUGUAAUAUAAAGUUGUAAGUAACAGAA